GGGAGGGGAAGGCGAAGGGGGAAAAGGGAGAGGAGGGGCCCCGUGGCUGCAUGCCCAUUACUCUUGAAUCCGCACCUCUCGGGUCCAUCCUGGACUGCCUUCGAUGGCCCGCCGCGCUCGAAAAGGCUUUUCAACACGGGCGUCCAAGGGGUUUGCAUCCUUAUCGCGCAUUCUUACUUUGACGUCGGAUCUCUGGGCCCUUGCUGUCAGUCCUGACUGCCACCAGCUCACCGCAGCCCGAGCCGCCCCCGAGGAGCUGGUCGAGCACGUGGCCCGCCGGGGGGCGUGUCGCGAGGCCGGGCGGCGAAAGACUGCCACCACACCCGGCCACGUCGGCGCGGGCGACCCCCUCGGCUUCGCCGGCUGCCCCAAAAAACUCCCUGCGACAGUGCGCGGCGGGAGGAUGAGAGCAACGAGGGGAGGUAGGAGAUCGAGGAGGCAAGAGCGAGGGAGGCAAGAGCGAGGGAGGCGAGCGAGGGGCCGCCCGCCGGCCGCCGCCCAGGGAGGCGAAUUCGGCACCGAGGCAGAUGGUGAACAUUCGGUGGUUCACAGAUGAUGAGCGGCGGAAAGAAACGGGACUUACGCGAUAUGACGUAGCGACCUUACGCCGCGUCUUACGCGGUCCGCCAGCGCGGCAUGCUGCACUGGAGGCGAGGGCGCCGACGUGCGAGCGCACGCGGGAAGCCUACGCGCCCAUGUCGGCGCAGACGACCCCGUUGGUUUGCGUCGACCCCAUCUUCGACCCGCCGAGACAUGUGGCCAGACGCUGCCUGCCCACCGGGCAGGGAGGCCGAGCCACGAGAGCAGUGCAGCGCGGGACGGCGGGAAGGCACGCGUGCCCCUGCCCAGUCGACCUGCUCCGUGUGGCGCUCGAACUGCCCGAGUCUUGGCGCUCAGAGUUCGGCGCUCGUUCCACAAUUCCCUCCCU